UUUUAUAUACAGUUGUUAGUUCCCACAUUUUGCCUCGACAAGCAACACUAGCCAAGUCCAAGAUGGGCGAGGCGGUCAAGCUCAUCGGCUCCGGCAGCAGCCCCUUCGUGCACCGCGCCGCUGUGGCGCUGCGCCUCAAGGGCGUGCCCUACGAGUUCAUCCGCGAGGACAUGAGCAACAAGAGCGAUCUGCUUCUCCAGCACAACCCCGUCCACAAGAAGGUGCCCGUGCUCCUCCACGGCGGCCGCGCCGUGUGCGAGUCCCUCAUCAUCGUCGAGUACGUCGACGAGGCCUUCCCGGGGCCGCCGCUCCUCCCCGCCGACCCCUACGACCGCGCCGCCGCCCGCUUCUGGGCGCACUUCCUCGACGACAAGUGCCUCAAGUCGCUGUGGCCGGCGCUGUGGACGGAGGGCGAGGCGCAGGCGGCGUCAAUGGCGGUGGCGAGGGAGAACCUGGCGAUACUUGAGGAGCAGCUCAGGGGGAAGAAGAAGAAGAGGUUCUUCGGCGGCGAUUCCAUCGGCCUCGUGGACAUAGCCGGGGCCGGGUUGUUCGCGCACUGGCUCGGCGUGCUCGAGGAGGUCGCCGGGGUGCGUGUCCUGAGCGACGAGGAGCACCCGGCCCUGCGCCGCUGGGCGAACGAGUACCUCGCCGACGAAGCCGUCAAGGAGUGCCUGCCGGACAGGGACCAGCUUGUGGCCCACUUCUCCGCGAACAGGGACAAGUGCAUCUCGAUAGCCAAAUCCAUGCUGCCGCCGAAUUGAUGGAGUUGCUUGAAACGAUGAUCGGCGUUGUAUUAUCGUGACGGUGACAUCUAUCUGCUGUUUCUUAAGUGUCAGAAAUAAAAGGCGACAGUGUUGCGAAUUUGUUCU